GCGAGGGACAGCUGGUGUAUAUAGAGCAGAUAGCUGCCACUUCGUGCUAUAAAGACGGACCACAGCGCAGAAAUCAAAUCAAGACCAAGAAGGACCGAAACAGUUGCGAGUAAACAAAUAGACAAGGGGGCCAAAUCACCGGAGAAGAAAUUAGGCCUUUACACCAACUCAGUUCUGAGAGUGAAACACCUUACAGAGUUUACCAGAAGAGUUUUUUCAUCUUUUCCUGAGAUGUCCCAACCCCCAGCCAUGACCAGCCUGUUCGGUGGCGACCCUUUCUUCCGCCGUGAGCGUCUGCUGUGGCCCCUGCACGGCGAGGCCCUGUCCGCCCUGCAGCAGGACUUCUUCAGCAGGAGGGCCAAGCUGGCCGACAGCCUGCUGAAAGAGCUCUGUGAAGGACCCCAGCUGUUUGACCUGUGCCAGAGAUCACUCCGCUCCCCUUGUGCUAGGCUAAGAAGUGGCACAGAGCAACAGAUCGAGGUUCCCAGCACGCAGCUGCAUAAGGACACCCAGCAGGACCCAGGGAGCAGCGGUGACCUCUUGGUGACCCUGGACGCCCGUGGCUAUGCCCCGGAGGAUAUCACCGUCAAACUGGAGGGUCGGAGACUAGCAGUGGUUGCCGUCAAACAUGCCGGAUCUGAAGCAUCCCAGUCCUCCUCCUCCUCCUCUUGCUCGUCUUCCAUGGCCGCCUCAUCCUCCUCAAAGAUCGGAUUUGCCCAGAGGAUUGAUCUUCCUGCCCACCUGGACCUUUCUGGCCUAUCCUGUUCCCUCAUGGAUGACGGACAGCUUCGUAUUGAUGUCCCUGCAGCCAAACAGCCAAUUAGUGAAGAGCAGCAGGUGCCCAUUCGGUUCAGGACCUCACUGGAGUUCCCCAUUACCAAGGACAGUACAGAGGAGGCACACACAGACUAAUUACACAUGAACUAUGAUGCACGCACACACAUACGCGCACACACACACGCACAAAAUGCCAUACUUAAAGUACCAAAACUGUCUGCCUUUAAAUGUUCAUGAAGUGUUUUAAUAAAAUAUCCUGUUUUUAAAAA